GCGCUCCGCCCGGCCCCCGCCAGCCCCGCCGCCCGCCCCUUGCCGGCCCGUCCUGUCCCGUCUCCGUGUCCCGGGCUAGGCAGAGGCGAGGGGAGCGCGGGAGGGAGCAAUGUCUCACGGGGCGCGAGUGAUCCGAACCGGGGUGAGCAGCGCGGGUCCCGCUGCACCGCCGGGCUCCACCGCCGCCUCCUCCUCAGCGGGUUCGGACGCGGAGCUCAUGGACGGCGCCUAUUUCCGCUCCUGCGCCGGCAUACUGAAAGUGGCCCAGAUGAUCUCACUGGUGGUUGGAUUUAUCAGUGUGAAUAAUUCUCCAUGGACAGAUUACAGCGUGUACAGCUACUUUCAGAUUGUGACCAUGUGCGACUUGGUUAUGAUUUUGUUCUUCUACGUUAUCCAUAUCUUCAGAAUCUACAAGAAGCUCACUUGCGUUAGCUGGCCACUUGCGGAGUUUCUUCAUUAUCUAAUUGGUACAAUUCUGCUUCUCAUUGCAUCGAUUGUAGCAGCAUCCAAGAGCUACAAUUUGACUGGACUUGUGGCUGGAGCGACUUUCGGGUUCCUAGCUACCAUCCUUUGUGUUUUAAGCAUAUGGUCUUCCUACAAGGUUUCGUGCAUCACACAGUCAACCAAUGCAUCUGUAUGACUUCAUCACUGUAAGACGUCUGCCUUAUGAAACAGGAUACCGAAGAGGAGCGGCCACUACUGAGGAAAGAGCAUAGGUAUUUUGUUACUAGCCUGGACAGCCAGUAGCUUUUGAAGACCUACCUGAAUACCUAUGCAAAAGAAUGUUGUGAACCAAAGUCUUUUUGCUCUCUCUGCUCCCCCCCCCCCCAAAGAAGUUUAUAAUGGAGAAACCUGCUUUUUAUGAGCAUUACAUAGAAAGACAAUUUCUGUCUCACAAGCUGGGCUGUGGUCACUUCCAGCUAUUUGCAGUAAGUGCCUUUAAAACUCCUCUGGAUAAUCAUUUGGUUCUCCUUUCAGAGGAGAUUUGUGAUUUCCUCCAUCUGUUUAUAGAAGGGAAAUCCUGCAAAUUCCUACCUGAUUCUUAACCCCCAAGGAUGAUUUGUUUAACAAAGGAACUGCUACAAACUGAUCUGUGCCUGCAUAAGCUGACCCAAGGCUUUGUUACCUCUUUGUAUGAGAACUGUGGACUUUUUCUAACAUCAGCCAACAUCAGAAAUUAUGAACUGCAACUUGGAUACAUCACUGCGAACAGUGCCUCCUAAGCCCAGUAGGACGUGAUGAAGUCAGUUUUUUUCCCCAUGAAGUUUUACAGGUUAUUAACAAUCAAAGAUUAUUCUUACAAACUUCCCUCUGCAAAAUACAGAAAAAUACAUAUCCAGGAAUAUGUGUUUAAUGUUUUGUGGGAUAUUUUUUUUUUUUUUUAGUUUUCAAAUACAUGUUUGUAAAUGGGUAUGUGAAAGACCUGUUCUGUAGAAAAUAUCUGUGCAUCUCCUAUAGAUUAUUCUCUUUGGAGUCUAACUGUUUAUGAAAAGCCCAUUGUGAGUGGAGCAAUGUGCUUCUUUCUCUCUCUUACACGUGGUUUGUCCCUUCCUCUGCCUCUACUGGGAUCUGUGCUUUUGGAGACUGCCCAGAACCUGGACAGGUAGAACAGUUUGGUCCAACCCGGUAUUGCCUUGAAGUUCUGUGUAACUUCAAGGCUGAGAUAAUGCCUUCUUGGCACCUUUGUCUUUCUCUCCUUCUGCAGUCCAUCUCUGGUGACCUGGAAGUUCUUUGUAGGAAAAAGGGAAGCACAGGCUCCUUGUCCUUUGUGUUUUGCCUUUCAUGUCUAGCUGUGAAGUAGAACUUGUAAGUGGGUCUCUUCUGACAGGACAACUGCAUGAUGGUGCAGCAGGCUUCUACAAAAAGUAGGAUUCAUACAAUUUACCAGGUCCAGUCUGUCGGAAAAAAAAGCAUUUUCUGCCCUACACUGCAUUUUCCUGUUUGUCAGAAAUUCUGUGCAAUUUAAUGGUCCUCUCAGAAAAUGCUUUUUGUGCCUCAUUGCUGUUUGUUGUCACCUGAUUAUUUUUUUUUCUCUCAUCCUAAUAUAUCUAUCUUUACUUUGAUUUUUUUCUUUACUCUUUGACAAAAAACCUCAAAACUGGCCAACUGGUAAAGUGUCAAAAAAUUUGAGUAACUCAGUAGUAACUGAGUAGAUAACCUAGAUGGGUAUGGAUCCCCCUCUUCACAGUGCAUAGUUGCUGUGGUUCUUCUUGCUGUUCCUUUUCAUAAGUGCCCUAUUUACAGCAACACAGAGCAGGAAACAAUUUGAAAGCACAGAAGUCUGCCGUUUGUGGAUGAAAACAUAUAUUCAUUCCAAGAUAAACUGCUUUGACAUUAAUAUAGAGGAUUAUUCAAAUAAAACCAAGUAAUAGGCACUUACUUAUGUUAUUGAUUUCAUAUUGACUAUUUUUUAUUCCUUUAAAAUGUCCAACUUUGGCCUGCUUUUCUGUCCCAUCCCUUCAGAUGAUGUAUUUUGUGUUUGAUCAGAAAUUAUUUACUUUUUUCUUCUAAUUGACCUGAAGUGAGUAUGCCUCAUAGGUGUUCUGGCUUAAAAGAAGAGACAUCCUUUUCACCUAGCAAUCUGCUGUCAGCAGUCAGUGAUAGUUCAGGCUUCCUUGCCCUGCCAGUACAAGACUGGUCCAAAGGAUGUACAUGACCCAGGACUUCAUUUUGAGUACUUUCAGUGACAGUAACAGCAGAAGGUACACACACAUAUAUCUCUAGAUGCAUUUUUUUGCAACAGGGGUUCUUGAGCACAAGUUCUCCUGCCAAGACUGACUUGAAUUAACUAAAGUUUUUAGAAACCAGUGCUCUGGCUUUAAUUUGAACUGACAUAGUAGAUAUUUAAGGAUAGUACCUCCUCUAUUCCCCCAGAGAAAAGAGCUUUAUUUCUCUUUCACCUCCUGAGAUAUCACCUCAGAUAGGCAGUAGGCAUCUUCCUACAAGCUUUAACCCCUCUUAGCAAUCCUUGGGAAACUAGUGUUUUUCUACACAGCGUGAAUGCAGCUGAGACCUCAGAGCUGCUGUGGCAGUGUGGAUAAGUGCCUGCUAAGGACUGGAGCUGGAGCCUGAGCUUGCUCUGAAGAACAGUCUGGAAUCAUGCCCCCUCUCCUGUCACUACACUAGCAUCUCUUUUUCAGCCUCUCACAUCAAUCUGGCACUUGUCACAAAGUGGGGGGCGAAAAAUAGGGGGAAUUUCAUGCUGUUUGAUAACCAAAGAAUCUUUGAACUAUGCUCUGUGAUCAUCCAAAUAUGUUUUGCUGCAAGUGCACUUGUUUAUACUGAAUCAAGAUAAGUAAGUUCCCUUUCAGGGUUUGUGCCUAUUGAUAGGCCUAAGGUAUGCCUGCAGCUGUAGCUGUUACAACAGACAGGGCUGAGUCCAUAGACGCAUCAGAUGCUUUUAAUGUGGAAUGCUUUUGGGCUGGAAAACUGGCAUCUAUGCUGCCAAAAUUUCCUCGCUUCCUUGUAAAGCUUCCUUGUGAAACAAGCCUACCAAAAAAAGCCCAGGUUUUGCUGGUAUCACCAGCUCUGCCAGGGGUCUUCGAAUGGCAGCUCCAUCUGGCACGGACUUUGGCACCUCACUACUGUAGCUCUGCCAGCAAAAGUGUUUUAAGUUUCCUUCAGUGUCAAUCUUUCUCUGAAAGCUCCAUCUGUCUGCAGCUUUGUGAAAUACGGGAUUCCAGCUGUUUUAGAAAUAAACUAUGGUUGCAAUUGGGAUGGUGUGACAGCUUUGAGAAUCA